AUGAAGCUGCUAAUCCUCGCUGCCCUCCUCGGCAUCACACUCGCCAAGGUCUCCAACAUCACCGUCAAGGGCAUCGCCGUUUGCAACAAGAAGCGAGUACCCGGCCUGAAGAUCGAGCUGAUGGAGGAGGAUGGAGUCUCCCUCGACGACAAACUCGCCACCGUCAACACUGACGACCAGGGAAAUUUUAACGUGUUCGGCAAGGACGACGAGUGGGGAACAAUUGAGCCCUAUUUGUUCAUCUACCACAAGUGCCGCGUCAAGAAGGAGGGCUGCUGGACUCGCACUCGCUACGAGGUGCCCCAGGCCAAGAUCAACGGCGUCUACGACAUGACCUAUGUGACGUUGGACGUUGCCCAGGCUGAUGAGAAAGCUGUCAACUGCGCU